CUCCAGCUGCAGAGAAACUCAAAGCCAUGCAGAGACUCAGAGGAUUCUAUUUGUACGCUGUCCUUCAGCUGUCUUUGGCAGCCCAGGGAGUUCAGACGACUGCGUUCAGCUCUAAUCUUGGAAGCAGAACAUAUCUUGAGACAACUCCACCGAGAUUUUACCCCAUCCACGCUGAUCCUGGGGACGCUGGAACGUGGUCGAUGGAACUGGACAGGAAGUCCAAACCCCCAAGUGCGUCCAACACAAGUGAAGGUUUACGGCAAACAGAAGCUUUGAUUUCAAAGGAAUUAGAGACUUUGUCAAACCAAGAGUGUAUAAACCCUAGAGAAGUUGAUACCCAAACAGGCAUCAGUUGAUAGUUAUUAUGGAGGAAGACGCAGCAGUGAUUGAGUCGGCCACUAACCUGUUUGAGAGGAAUCCAAGUGAAUCAACGCUGCUGAGCUACCAGAAGGGGGCACUGCAGAUUCUCAGGGGGAGCCGAUUCUCUUCUAUUCUUAACCAUGAUGUCAUUCUGGUUGGUCACGGCAGCACUGGUACCAACGGAUCAGUCCUGUCUGGUUUUGAUCCUGAAGAACUUGCCAGAUUCAUGAUGGUCUUAAAUACCGAGAGCCUCCCUGGUCGUCUUUGCACCAUCAGCCUCAUCAGCUGCAACCUUGGAAAUGACUUGAACUUCAUGUCGCAGCUGCUACAAGUCCUCAGGUCUCUUGGUAUGGAAACAAAGCUUCACCUUUACAACUCCUUCCUGUCUGUAAGCUCUGACGGAGAAAUCCUGACUAGGACUGAGGGCCUCUGGAGGUCCAGUGACCACAGAAGAAGAGUCAUCGGUGAACUGGACCAAAGAGGAGACCUGCUUGUGAGAGAGGAACUUGGCUGUGCAGGUCCAACGUUUCCUGAUUUUAGAGGAAGUGUUUUGUAUCUUCAGAUGCUGGAUUGGCCGCGACACCCUCAAAUGUUUGUUCCAAGAGAGCUGCGCAAGAAGUACCCGUCCAUCGACUGCCUGGAGGGGCUGACGUGGAGCUUGUUCUUUGAGAGUGAGCGACGGCGAGCUCCUGAUUAUGUCUCACCACAGGGCGAACAAAAGGGUGCAAUUUGGCUUAGAGAGCCAGGUCCAGAGGAAAACAUUGUCAUCAAACACAUCAAUACCAUCCAGGAUCUACUGGUGGAGAUACGAUUCAAUGCAAGAGAGGAGGUUUCAUCCAACCUUUACUACGUUCUGAAUGAGUGCAUUUACAAAGUAAGUGGGAAGAAUCUUAAUGUCACUCUGGUGGGAAAGUUCAUGAGCACCAACAAUGAAGCUGAAAUCGAAAGCUUCCGUCAACGUUUCAACGAGCCGCAGGGUGAGUCGUCCCUUCAGGAGCUGAGACAGGGUCUGAAAGUGUCCAAAUUCACUGACUUCUGUCGGCAGACUUUCCAGUUCCAGCAGUGCAUCUACAACUGUGAGAGGUGGGGUAGAUACUUCAUGGCAGCCGUGUUUUCUGCAUCCGUGCUGAACUUCAGAACCUUCUCUCUCUUCCUCAUGAGUGUCAUAGGCUGUGAGGUCGGUCGAGCGAAAGGAACCGACAGCCCCCUGUGCACGGCGUUCGUCGGAUCCGAUCACCCAAUGGAGACGGACAAACCACGGCCCAAUCAUCUGCGGAGAGGGUUCUACGGCUGCACUGUUGACAACUACGAGAUGGCUCCUCAGGAGAGACAGAUUUGGUUGGAUGAGGUAUUGGCGAAGGAGAAUGAUUUGUACAUGAAGUCAAAGAUGAUGAUGAUCGCCAACGAACGCGAUGAGCAAACAGAGCUUGACAUCUUCGGGAAGGUGAAGGUCAUGAAUAAGUACGCGUUCUCAUCUUACCUGGAGUUCUUCAGAGGUACACCUGAGGGGAAGAAACUCAAGAGAGGAUGUGCUCCUUCGUUAAAUGUAAAAAAAAAAACCUAACGCACGAGCAAUGUGUGAUUGGGGAACACCAGCGUUUUGUUAAUUUAUCUAUAGCAUAGUUGGUAAGAGUAUUUGCUUAUGCAUAAAGUUAUGACUCAUAGUCUGUAAGUGAGAGAUGGCCUAGCUUCCAAGGCACUACAGAAGUUCCUUAAAGCUGUAUUCUCUCUCACCUCCAGCAGGGGGCAACUCCACCGGCUGCAAAAGUCUGAAGUCUACGACAAAAAUGACUCUUCUCUACUCUUGAUUUAUUCCCUCUGAAAACACGUUUAUGGUCUCAAUCUUUAGUUUUAUGUUGUUUUCAAUACAUCAUGAUGCUAAUUUUGUCCCAUUUAGAGUCAAGUAGAUCACAAAACAGGGGAGGAUUUAGGGCGGGGCUACAUCUGAUGGACAAGGUGGUACCACGAUAACCUGGAAAAUCUCUAAGCCUCUACUUAAAGACAUUCAGAUGAUUCCAUUGUUUGUUAGAUUAUUUUUUUAACCAUGCUUUAUGGCUGCGCAAAACUAGCAUCGCAGCUAACAAAAAUAACAGAUGCAUAUUUGUAACCAAGCAAGCUAGCUGUGUCUCAGUUGAGGUUUAGCAUCCUAUUGGCCUUUGUAACUUAAAUAUGACGGUCUGGUCUGCAGAAGACUUCUUGUUUGAGUCACCAGCUGUUCCCGUCCUUACCCUUUUUGUUACCUAGCGCCAUCCUGUCGCCUAGCAACUUCGACAGCUGCACCCAAAGUAACUAACUAAACGAAUGUCAUUUAACUUAAUAUUUUGUUUCAAAGUAUUUUAAAGUUUAAAGCAGAUUUUGAACUGAGUUGAGACCAGUUACUUACAUUAAGUGUUUAAUUGAUGGGGCAUAGAUGGCCUAGCGGUUAGGUUGCCCCCCCCCUUGUACAAAGGCUAUGGUCCCCCAACUGGGCAGGCCUUGUUCAAGUCCAGCCUUGGGCUCCUUCCCUACUCUCUCCCUGGAUUCCUACUCUAUCCACUGUCAUAUCCAAUAAAGGCAAAAAAGCUCCAAAAUAAAUCGAUCAAAAAAAAAAAGAAGUCUAAUUGUCAGCUGCUUGAAAAUCUGCUAUUUCCUUUAAAUUGGCGCGCGAUGGAUCUCGGGAUAUGUUGGAAGAUGAAGGAUGUACCAGAUGGUUCUUUUGUUGGCUAGGGAAAGUAGGACGUAUUUGAAGGAGCCUUUGCAAUGGGACCUUAAAAUCUGCUCUCUGAAAAUGCUUCCCCUGAAUUGAGACACAGCUCAAGUCUGUUAAUCCCUUACACUAAUUUUAGCUCCGCCCUCUCAUCCAAAUAUGGUCAUUCUUCCUCCAAACCCCGCUUCCACCACACACAAAGAUGGUGAUGCUUCCAAACUGAAGUUUUCAUAACUGUAGUCCAGAUCAUGGUGGCUGUGUCUUCUUCUCCCGUACAGUCUAUGAGCUGACACAUCUAUGUGUUUGACCCUGCGAUGAUAUGAUACUGAAAUAAAGCACUACUGCUUCGGCUUGUUGGCGAUGCUAAACAUGUGACUGUUUUAACAGCUUUGAGACAGAUUUAUUUGUCAAUCAAUAAAAGAUUCAUCAGUGACAAAUGCAGUCUUGGUGGUGAUUUAUUUUAUUACAUCGGCGUCACACAGGUCAGAACACGGGGAAUUACAAAACAUAAAUACAUAGAAAA